AUGGAUCGUUUAUACGGUAGUGUCGCUUGCGCUGGCAUUGACACUGAUGUCGAGUAUAAGUACCCUAAAGGUGCCGGUCGCGUGGCUUUCACCAAUUACAACUCCUAUAUGAGAGCAAUAACAGAACGAUAUGCUCAGCUAAGUAGAAAUGAAGCUCAAAUUAUGAUAAUCAAUUGUGACGCAAGAGGCAUUCGUGAGCCGAAUGGUGGACGACACGCACCUUUCUUCUGUCCGCAUCUUGAGUGUUUGCAGUACUACUGCGAAUCAUGCUGGACAUCCAUGCAUGGAAGUCCUUCACGAGAACAUCACAAACCGCUCGUUAAGGAGGCU